AAUACAAAGUUAGAUUCAAAGGUUCAAUGCAAAAAACUACAUCGGUCAAAAACGCAAGCUGUAUUUUUUACACAGAUUCAAAAGUCGCAAGCUAGUCACUGCCACACAUUUCCCUUACUUAAACACAACCUCAUUUCCGUCCACACACAUAAAACUCGUCAACAUCUUGUUAGAUUUAGACAGAGAAUUCCAAAUGGCAAAUUUGUUCAUUAAUCAGGCAAAACAGUAUGCUGAGAGCCGCCCAUGUUAUCCCGACCAACUUUUCCAGUUCAUUUCUUCUAUGACACCUUCCCAUGAUCUUGCUUGGGAUGUCGGCACCGGUAGCGGCCAGGCUGCUCGAUCUUUAGCUAAGAUCUACAAGAACGUGGUAGCCACAGACACAAGCCCAACACAACUCGAGAAUGCAACAAAGCUCCCCAACAUACGGUACCAACAUACCCCUCCCAUCAUGUCAAUGGCAGAGCUUGAAGAGAAGGUGGCAGCAGAGUCGAGCGUGGAUCUGGUGACGGUGGCUCAAGCGCUCCACUGGUUCGACCUCCCUAAAUUUUACGAACAGGUUAAGUGGGUGCUGAGGAAACCCAAUGGAGUAUUCGCCGCCUGGUUGUACACGCUGCCGGAAGUCAACAACGCCGUUGACGAUUUAAUACGACGAUUCUACAACAACCCUCACCGGGAUCCGAGGCGUUUAUUGGUAGAUGAUAAGUACAGUAGCGUCGAUUUCCCUUUCGAAGCGGUGGAGCGAGCGGGGAGCACGGGACCAUUUGAAUUUGUGACAGAGAGGGUGAUGGAGUAUGACGAGUAUAUGACAUACUUGACAACGACGUCGGUCUAUCAGAAGGCCAAGGACAACGGCACGGAGCUGCUGACGGCAGACAUGGUGGAGGAUUUCAGGCGUGCUUGGAAUGGUGACGGCGGCAGUGGGCAGAAAGUAGUUAAGUUCCCUAUUUAUUUGAAAAUCGGUAGGGUAGGGAAGUGAAAUUAUUAUUUGAUACAGAAGGUGGAUUUAUGCUGGUAGGACGUUUAAGAACUGGAGCCCCUAUGAUUAUUAUUAGAGGAAGGAACUCACCCCUCUAAGGCAUCUGUGAUGAAGUUUAUAUACCUAGUUAUGAGUAAAAUUUAUUAUGCCAACUAGCUAAUUAACUUAGUAGUAGCAAUAUUCUCGAUCAAAUGAAAAUAAAAAAUUUUUAUUUUG